AUGAUAAUAAACAACAAUUAUUAGCAACAAUAAACUGAUUAGACAUAGCUAAAAGAUUUAAAACAUCGACAUUAUCACGUUAUACAUUAGUGGUAUAUUUAUUUACUUACAAUAAACGCUUGUCUAGGUACUUGGUUCUACGGUUUUAAUUUAGGCGCGUUCAAUGCAGUGCAAAAAAUUAUGUAAAAAACUAAUAGCUGGAGUUCUAAUGAGUUUACUUUAUACACAGCACUGAUCACUGCAGCCAUGCCUUUUGGAGCUUUAGUAGGAGCCUUUUGUGUUAAAUACACAAUAUCACUUCUAAAAGGUGUGAGAAGAUCUUUAAUUUUUUUUGACUAUGUUGCUAUCAUUGGAACAAUUAUACUAAUUUUACAAACAUCAGUAGUUAAUUUAAUUAUUGGUAGAUUUAUAUCAGGAUUUUGUGUAGGAUAGAAUACAGCGCUUGUUCCAAUGUAUAUAAUAGAUUUUGCUCCAAAGGAAAUCAGUGGAAGAGUAGGUUCAAUUAAUUAAUUUUUCCAAGCAUUUGGUGUAUUCAGUAGCUAUUUAUUUAGUCUUGUUCUACCUUUGCCUUCGAAUUUGAGUGACGGUUAUAGUGACUAAAUUCCUUGGAGAAUAGCUAUGGGUGCUCCAAUGCUUGCUCCCAUCAUCAGGCUUACACUUUUCACUUUCCUUUUCAAAAUAGAAACACCUACAGUACUAAUGAAGUAGCACAAAUACUCUGAAUUAAAAGAGUACAUCCAUAUUAUUUACGAGGAAUAAGACUGUGAAGAUGUCUUCCAUGACAUUGAAGACAAAGUAAUUAGUGAAUAGGAAUAGGCUAUUAGAAAAAAACAAGCCCUUAGUAAAAAAAAUCAUUAAAAAGAAACUGAACUUAUGAAAAUAUAACAAGCCUAAUCGGAUGAUAAAAAAGAUGAAAUUGUUUUAGUUCCCUAGUCUAAUAAUGUAAAAGAAAUCAAACAGAAAUCUCUAGACGAUUAUUUCAAGGAAAAAAUAUAUGACUUGUGCACUACUUCAUCAUAUAAAUCGAGAUUACUUCUAGGUUGUAUUAUCUCUUUUACAACUUAAUUUUGUGGUGUUAAUGGUAUAAAUUUCUAUUCUAACUCUAUUUUUUUAAAAACUUCUGGUGAAUCUGGUGCAGUUGGUGAGUAGUACGCUCGUUAUUCUACAAUCGGUAUGGGUGCAUCUAUGGUUGGUUAUAACUUUAUUUCUUUCUUUUUACAAGGAAGGUAUGGUAGAAAAUUUUUAAUGCAAUUAGGAACAAUAAUUAUUAUAAUUACCUAAUUACUUAUUGGUAUACUUAAUACUUUACCAUAAAAUGAUGCACUAGGAAAAGUUAAUGUUUUUCUCAUAUAUUUCUUCUAGUUUGGAUGGUAAAUUGGUCUUGGCGCUGUAACUUGGAUCAUCAGCCCAGAAAUUCUAGAUUCAUUUUAAAUUUCGAUAAGUACUUCAAUAAGAUGGACCUCUGCUAUGAUAAUUGGUCUUGUUUUCCCUUAUUUAAUUAUCUAUUGCAAUUUAUAUGGAACAUUCUUUAUUUUCGCUGGUUUUACUAUAGCUGCAUUCAUUUACUUUUAAAUCAAUAUCAAAGAAACUAAAGGAAAAGACUGCUAUGAAAUUAUGAAAUCUUAUUGUGACCCUAAAAAAUAUGCUGUUUUCUAAAAAGAAGCCACAGAGUAUUCUCUAUAGCGUUUCCAAGAACAAGAAAAAUUUUAAUAGAAAAUCUGUAAUGAAAACAUGCAAUUGAUAAGUGAAAAAUAGAUAGAAGUUUAAGAGAAUAAACAAAGUUGA